UCUAUAAAUAAGCACUUCUUUUUAUAUCUCUCAAACUCAAAGAGUUCUUUUCUGUUUUGUUUAGUGUGUUUAUUGUGCAUCAUGCCUCAGAAUGAGUACAUUGAGUUGCAUACAAAACGUCAUGGAAGAAGGCUGGAUUAUGAAGAAAAAAAGAGAAAGAAAGAGGCGCGUAUGCCUCAUGAGCUUGCCGAAAAGGCCAAGAAACUGAGAGGCAUUAAGGCCAAAAUAUACAAUAAGAGGCGCCAUGCAGAGAAAGUACAAAUGAAGAAAACUAUUAAGAUGCACGAGGAAAAAAAAACUAAACAAAAAGCUGCAGACACAGAUGGUAGAUUUGGUAACCCUGCAUACUUAUUGGAAAGAGAGAAUCAGAUUAGGGCAAAAGUUCUGUCCAAUACGAUUAAACAGAAACGGAAAGAAAAAGCUGGCAAAUGGGAUGUUCCAAUACCAAAAGUUAAAGGAGUCUCAGAAGCAGAAGUUUUUAAAGUUGUUAAAACAGGCAAAACAAAAAGAAAAGCCUGGAAAAGAAUGGUGACAAAAGUAACAUAUGUUGGUGACGGCUUCACAAGAAAGCCUGUUAAGUUUGAAAGAUUUAUUAGGCCAAUGGCUCUUAGGUUUAAAAAGGCAAAUGUGACACAUCCUGAAUUAAAAGCUUCCUUCUUCUUACCCAUAAUUGGGGUAAAAAAAAAUCCUAGUUCAGUUAUGUACACAAGCCUGGGAGUCAUCACAAAAGGAACCAUUAUAGAGGUUAAUAUUAGUGAACUGGGUUUGGUGACCAAUGCAGGAAAGAUUGUUUGGGGUAAAUAUGCACAAGUUACUAACAACCCUGAAAAUGAUGGCUGCAUAAAUGCUGUUCUCUUAGUAUAAUUUGGUUUGAAGAUCAAGUACAUCAAUGAUUCUAUUAUUAAAGAUUCAAAUCAUG